CACCCCGAGCCCACAGCCGGGAGGGAGCGUGCCUCCGCCGGGCGCCGCCGCUUCGAGGUUUUUUAGUGCUUCCUGAGCAUGAGUUCAGAAUGAAGCGGCGAUUGGAUGAGCAGGAGUCACCCGUGUACACGUCGCAGCAGAGACGUAUCACCAGCAGCACCGACGCUUUCCAGCACCAGCACCGUGUGCUCGCCCCGGCACCGCCGGUGUAUGAGGCAGUCUCAGAGACCAUGCAGUCUGCUACAGGGAUCCAAUACUCGGUAACUCCCAGCUACCAGGUGUCAGCCGUGCCACAGAGCUCAGGCAGCCACGGGCCGGCCCUGGCAGCGGUGCACAGCGGCCACCACCACGCCGCCCCGGUGCAGCCACAUGGCAGCCAGGUGGUGCAGAGCCACGCACACCCAGCCCCCCCGGCUGUGCCUGUGCAGGGCCAGCAGCAGUUCCAGAGGCUCAAGGUGGAGGAUGCCUUGUCAUACCUUGACCAGGUGAAGCUGCAGUUCGGCAGUCAGCCGCAGGUCUACAAUGACUUCUUGGAUAUUAUGAAGGAAUUCAAAUCUCAGAGCAUUGACACUCCAGGAGUGAUCAGCCGCGUAUCGCAGCUCUUCAAGGGCCACCCAGACUUGAUUAUGGGUUUCAACACCUUCUUGCCUCCUGGCUACAAGAUCGAGGUGCAGACAAACGAUAUGGUGAACGUGACGACCCCGGGGCAGGUUCACCAGAUCCCCACUCAUGGCCUGCAGCCCCAGCCACAGCCCCAACCCCAGCAUCAGUCGCAACCUUCAGCUCAAUCGACCCCAACACCAGCACAGCCGGCGCCGCAGCCACCGCCUGCCAAAAUCAGCAAGCCAUCACAGCUGCAGGCACACACACCUGCCAGCCAGCAGACCCCCCCAAUUCCACCAUAUGCGUCCCCACGCUCACCACCAGUGCAGCCUCACACACCCGUGACAAUCUCUCUGGGAACCACACCAUCCCUGCAGAACAAUCAGCCCGUCGAGUUUAAUCACGCCAUCAACUAUGUCAACAAGAUCAAGAACCGCUUCCAGGGACAGCCAGACAUCUACAAAGCCUUCCUGGAGAUCCUCCAUACGUAUCAGAAAGAGCAGCGCAAUGCCAAGGAGGCAGGGGGCAACUACACACCAGCACUGACGGAGCAGGAGGUGUAUGCACAGGUGGCUCGCCUCUUCAAGAACCAGGAGGAUCUGCUCUCAGAGUUUGGGCAGUUUCUGCCAGAUGCCAACAGCUCGGUGCUGUUAAGCAAGACGACUGCAGAGAAAGUGGAGUCGGUGAGAAACGAUCAUGGAGGCACAGUGAAGAAGCCACAGCUCAACAACAAGCAGCAGAGACCCAACCAGAAUGGCUGUCAGAUCCGGCGGCACUCAGGAGCAGGGACAACCCCUCCAGUGAAGAAAAAACCAAAGCUGCUUGGUUUAAAAGACCAGUCCUUGGCAGAAGCCAGCAAGCAUGGCGUGGGGACAGAAUCUCUGUUCUUUGAGAAGGUCCGCAAAGCUCUGCGAAGCACAGAGGCAUAUGAAAACUUCCUUCGGUGCCUGGUUAUUUUCAACCAGGAGGUGAUCUCCCGUGCAGAGCUGGUGCAGCUAGUUUCCCCAUUCCUGGGGAAAUUCCCCGAACUGUUCACUUGGUUUAAAAACUUUCUGGGCUACAAGGAGUCCGUUCACAUGGAGACUUAUCCCAAGGAACGGGCCACUGAAGGGAUUGCCAUGGAGAUAGACUAUGCCUCCUGUAAAAGGCUGGGCUCCAGCUACCGAGCCUUGCCCAAGAGCUACCAGCAGCCCAAAUGCACGGGGCGGACACCGCUGUGUAAAGAGGUUUUGAAUGACACCUGGGUCUCCUUCCCUUCCUGGUCUGAAGACUCAACUUUUGUGAGCUCCAAGAAGACACAAUACGAAGAGCACAUCUACAGGUGUGAGGAUGAGCGUUUUGAGCUGGACGUCGUCUUGGAGACCAACCUGGCAACGAUCCGCGUCCUUGAGGCCAUCCAAAAGAAACUCUCACGUUUGUCUGCUGAGGAGCAGGCCAAGUUCCGCCUGGACAACACCCUGGGAGGCACCUCGGAGGUGAUCCACCGCAAGGCCCUGCAGAGGAUAUAUGCAGACAAAGCAGCUGACAUCAUUGAUGGGCUCCGGAAGAACCCAUCUGUUGCUGUUCCCAUCGUCCUGAAAAGGUUAAAGAUGAAAGAGGAGGAGUGGCGAGAAGCCCAGAGAGGAUUUAAUAAAGUCUGGCGAGAGCAGAAUGAGAAGUAUUACCUGAAGUCCUUGGACCACCAGGGCAUCAACUUCAAGCAGAACGACACCAAGGUCCUGAGGUCAAAGAGUCUCCUCAAUGAGAUUGAAAGCAUCUAUGAUGAGAGGCAAGAGCAGGCUUCAGAAGACAACGCUGGGGUUCCCACAGGCCCGCACCUCUCGUUAGCCUAUGAAGACAAGCAGAUCCUGGAGGACGCUGCUUCCCUCAUCAUCCACCACGUGAAGCGGCAGACGGGAAUCCAGAAAGAGGACAAGUACAAAAUCAAGCAGAUCAUGUACCACUUCAUUCCAGACCUGCUGUUUGCCCAGCGAGGUGAACUCUCAGACGUGGAAGAGGAGGAAGAAGAGGAAAUGGACGUGGAUGAAGCUACCGGAGCUGCAAAAAAGCACAACGGUGUGGGGGGCAGUCCUCCCAAAACCAAGCUGAUGUUCAACAACACGACGGCCCAGAAGCUGCGGGGCAUGGAUGAGGUCUACAACCUCUUCUACGUGAACAGCAACUGGUACAUCUUCAUGAGGCUGCAUCAGAUCCUGUGCUUGCGGCUGCUGCGGAUCUGCACCCAGGCCGAGCGGCAGAUCGAAGAGGAGACACGGGAGAGGGAGUGGGAGAGGGAAGUGCUGGGCAUCAAGCGAGACAAGAGCGACAGCCCCGCCAUCCAGCUGAGGCUGAAGGAGCCAAUGGACAUCGAUGUGGAGGAUUACUACCCAGCAUUCCUGGACAUGGUGCGUAACCUGCUGGAUGGGAACAUGGACUCGUCGCAGUACGAGGACUCCCUGCGUGAGAUGUUCACCAUUCAUGCCUACAUUGCCUUCACCAUGGACAAGCUGAUCCAGAGCAUCGUGCGGCAGCUCCAGCACAUAGUGAGCGAUGAGAUCUGCGUGCAGGUCACAGACCUCUACCUGUCAGAAAACAACAACGGGGCCACAGGAGGCCUCCUGGCUUCACAGUCCUCUCGGAACCUUCUGGAGGCCACCUACCAGCGCAAAGCUGAGCAGCUCAUGUCGGAGGAGAACUGCUUCAAGCUGAUGUUCAUCCAGAGCAGAGGCCAGGUUCAGUUAACCAUUGAACUGCUGGACACAGAGGAGGAGAACUCUGAUGACCCUGUAGAAGCAGAGCGCUGGUCAGACUACGUGGAGCGGUACGUCAACUCUGACUCUACCUCCCCUGAGCUCCGGGAGCACCUGGCCCAGAAACCUGUUUUCCUGCCCAGGAAUCUGAGGCGGAUCCGUAAGUGUCAGCGUGGUCGGGAGCAGCAGGAGAAGGAAGGGAAGGAGGGAAACAGUAAGAAGUCCAUGGAGAACGUGGAGAGCUUGGACAAGCUGGAGUGUAAAUUCAAACUGAACUCCUAUAAGAUGGUGUACGUGAUCAAAUCGGAGGAUUACAUGUACAGGAGGACUGCUCUGCUGCGAGCUCAGCAGUCCCAUGAAAGAGUGAGCAAGCGGCUGCACCAGAGGUUCCAGGCCUGGGUGGACAAAUGGACCAAGGAGCACGUCACCCGCGAGAUGGCAGCCGAGACGAGCAAGUGGCUAAUGGGCGAAGGGUUGGAGGGCUUGGUGCCCUGCACCACCACCUGUGACACAGAGACCCUGCACUUUGUGAGCAUUAACAAGUACCGCGUCAAAUACGGCACAAUAUUCAAGACACCGUAAAUGCCCUGGGCCAGGGAAGAUCCCGGGAGAUGUGUGUGUGUGCGUGCGCAUCAAGGAAACGAGGAAGAUGCCUUUCUCCCCUCACUGUGUAUCUCCGUAACGUGGCCACUUGAUUAGUGUGUGGCUGGUACAAGCUGUCACCAGCGGGAUUCUCUGUAGGAACACGGGUGUCCCAGCACCUGCUGGGCGCCCUGCCCGCCGGCCCUUGGACUUCAGCAUGCACCCCACAGGGAAGGACCCUCCUGAACUUGAGCGGUCCUGGAGAGACGCAACGAGCUCAUACGCACCAGCAGUGUUGAGGCUUUAUUCCCCGGUGGCCUGAGCAGCGAGGGAGGAGAAAUGGAGGAGGCUCUCCACCGCCUGACCGCCUCGGUGGUCUUCAGAUUCCUUGCUUGGAUGUGUCCCGCAGCCCAGAGGCGCUGGGCUCCCCUGCGGGCCCCCGGACCCUCGGUUCCCUCCCUUCCCUCCCCUCCCUCCCAUGCUGGACUCAACCAGUGCAGAUUGGUCUGUCCUUUCUAGUGCCAGUGGAACUGUUUUUUUGUACCUGCUUGUUUACUAGUCUCUCCUAGUGCCAUGCACCAGCUUUUCACACACAUGUACGUACACACACACACAACAGAGAACAACACAAUUUUAACAUGUUCCCCUCCUUUUUUGUAAAUAAAUGUACAAAUUGUCAA